ACUCAUCGAUGGCUACAUGUCAAGCAGGAGAGGGAAUGUGGCAAGCGAACUAUUGAGAAGAAACGAUAUUUCAUGCCUGAAUCCAGUCACUGUGCGACAUAUUCUUGAGAAACAUACAACAUGGCUUUAACAAGACCAGUCUCGGCCAACAUUGAAGGCAGCCUGAAGCUGGCACCAUCAAGGGAGAACACAGAUGCCAUCAUUGCCAGCAAGACGAUGACCAGGGCAGCACACAGAGCAGCCUUAGGCGACAUAGGAAACAAGGUUUCCAAGAUGACCAUCGACGCCAGUAAGAAGCCAAUCAAAAAGGAAAUCAUUCAAGCAGCCAAAGGAAGGACAUUACAGAAGAACAAAGCAACAUCAUCAUUGAAAUCAGCAGACAUUGAAAUUUACAGGGACAAGGAACCUGCUGUGAUUGUGGAAGUCCUUCCAACAUUUAAGACCGAGCUGACGCUGCCAGAAUGUGAACCUGUGUCCGCCCCCGCCCCCAUGGACAUCAGUGACGAUAAGCCAGAUGCCUUCAGUCGAGCACUACUUACCGUGGAAGACAUUGAUGCUAAUGAUAGAGAUAACCCACAGCUAGUCAGUGAAUAUGUCAAUGAUAUCUACUCCUACAUGAGAAUUCUGGAGGCUAAAUAUUUUGUAAAACGAAACUACUUGGAAGGAAGAGAAGUUACCGGUAAAAUGCGAGCUAUCCUGAUUGAUUGGCUGUGCCAAGUUCAUCAUCGCUUCCACUUACUGCAGGAAACUCUGUACCUCACUGUAUCGAUCAUAGACAGAUACCUACAGGUGAAGCAAGUGAGCAAGAACAAACUCCAGCUGGUCGGAGUCACGGCAAUGUUAGUAGCUUCCAAGUACGAGGAGAUGUAUGCACCAGAGGUGGCUGACUUUGUUUACAUCACAGACAAUGCUUAUUCCAAGGCAGAUAUCCGGGACAUGGAGCGAGAUAUUCUCCGGUCGUUAGAAUUCAGUUUUGGAAAGCCCCUCUGUCUCCACUUCCUCAGACGAAACUCCAAAGCAGGCCAGGUUGAUGCCAUGAAGCACACUCUGGCCAAAUACUUGAUGGAGCUGACAAUCGUAGAAUAUGACCUGGUGCAAUAUCUUCCUUCCCAAAUUGCUGCAGCUGCCUUGUGCCUUUCUAUGAAAGUUCUCGACAGUUCUCAGUGGAAUGACACCCUAUCCCACUACAGCACAUAUUCAGAGAAAGAUCUCCUUCCAAUCCAGCAGAAACUGGCUCACUUAGUUGUGAAAGCUGAAAACAGUAAACUGACGGCUGUGAGGACGAAAUACUCAAGUUCCAAGUUCAUGAAAAUUAGUACAGCAGCAGAACUGAAAUCCCCAGCGCUACUUGAAUUGGCGGCUGCGGCGGCAGCGUCCAGUUAACGCUGUCUCUGUACCUCAAGCGGGCUGUGAUCAUAGGAACGAGGAUAUUUUAAUCAUGUAUCAAUUGACCUAAUUCUUAGGAAGUUUAAAUGUGGAUUUCAAGGCACCAUAAACAAGUUAUGUGAAUUCAUGAGGAUUAUGGAUGUGAUGCCAUGUCUUUCAGCUGUGGAUCGACGCAAGACGAUACAGUGAACUUUCAUGUUGGCUCUUCUAUUUCAGAUGCAUUUUCCUUUGCAAAGCUGAUGCAUGCACAAAUCAUGAUGUUUUUUAACUUGAUUUUUGUCCAUUGUGUAGGGUUAAAUGUUAAGGGUUAAGAAAUGAAACUUCCUUUUUAAAUUGUCUUAUUGUGUAUCAUGAGUUAUAUUCUAAGGACUGCAGCAUAAUUUAGAUGUUGGUUUUUUAUGAAUAACAAAUGGAACAAAUCACUGUAGAAUUACUAUUACAUGUUUUUAGCAUUUGAAAUUUUUUAUUUAUCUGUAUUCACAACUUGAAUUAUUUUUGCAAAGAUUUCUUGGAUCAGUCGCAAUUGUUGUCAGAUUCAUGACUCCUCUGCUUAAAUUAUCAAAUUGUGAAUUGCCUGAAGAUUACAUACUUCCAUCCCUAGAAUGUUUCCUUAUCGAAGGUUAGGUGAGAUGCUACGAAAGCCAUAUGGACUUGAUUUUAUCCACUGCCAAUGACUAGAUACAUGUUCAAUCAUGACUUUAAUGUAAUGUCUUUGGUUAAAGUCUGUGAUUUUAUCCUUACUGACAUAUUAUGUAUAUUUUGUAAAUAAAUUUUAUGGAAUAAA